CCAGAACCAUAUUUUGUUACUAUAUUCCUUGUGGAUAUCAAUGAUGGACGUCGUGUUAGUGAAGAUUUCUAUUGGAAUCCGAAUUCGUCAACCAUUGAUUCUAUGUUAUCAAUUGAUCAGUUUAAACAUUUACCAUGGUUCUCAUCCAACAAUACUGUCGUCAAUAAUAAUAAUAAUCAAAACUCUGAACUAAUCAAUAAUACUAAUGAUCAGUCAGUAUCUCAUCAACAUCAACCUAUUGCCUCGUCUAAUCGUGGCGUAACACGUAGACCAGCUCCACCACCACCGCUGCCAACAUCAACAGCAUCAGCAGUCACCAGUAAUCUUGUUUCUCCAUAUGGAACACAAAAUUCAAUUACAUUAGAUUGUUUGACAAAGUGUCGAUCGGCAUUAUUCUCAAUCCCAUCUACUUAUCCUGUGAACAGCAUUAAUAAUAAUAAUUUGUAUAUCGUUGUACGUGUGGAUAAAGUGUUUAGUGGAUCAAUCAAUACUAUCAUGGAGAAGUACUUGAAAAAUACUGGCAAUAUUACUACUAAUACUACUAGUACUACUACUAAUAAUAAUAAUAUGAGCGAUAAUCUGAAACUUGGUUCCACUAUACACAAAUCAAUGAUUAAUUAUUGUCGUAAUAUUGGUCGUUAUCGUAUGCCAUUUGCAUGGGGUACAAGACCUCUAAAUAGUUCGAAUCGUUUCAUACAUUUAUUCAAAAUGGACGCUAACAAAAUACCAGAACAAGGAUUAAUUCAAUCUGUGCAAAUGUGUUCACGUUUAUUUAUUGAUUAUACUAAUAAUAGUAAUAAUAGUAGUGUAGCAAGCAUGGUUAACUGUACUACUACUGAUAAUGAUAUAAGUAGUACUGUCAAUGAAAGUAUUCUUCUUCCUUUUCCGGAAUCAAUAAAUCGUUUAUUUAAUAAAUUGGAUUCAAAUCAGUCGAAAUUAUCAAAAAUUAUGAAUCAUACUCAUACUCAUACUCAUAAUAAUGAUUUUAUGAAUUAUUUGACAGAACACGAUCGAUUAUUGAUUGAUUCGAUGGAACGUUCUCUUAAAACUCAAUGGUUACCGUUACGAUUUGAAUUAGUGAUGAGUGAAUUGUUAAUGAAUCAGCAUGAUCAUUCUAAUUUACCAGUUGUAUCACG